GGGUGUGUCUGUGUGUGUGUGUGUGUGUGUGAGAGAGAGAGAGAGAGACAGAGAGACAGAGAGACAGACAGAGAGAGAGACAGACAGACAGUCGAGGAGAGAGAGAGAGAGAGAGAGAGAGAGAGACAGACAGACAGACAGACAGACAGACAGACAGACAGACAGACAGUCGAGGAGAGAGAGAGAGAGAGAGAGAGAGAGAGAGAGAGAGAGAGAGAGAGAGAGAGAGAGAGAGAGAGAGAGUUGCGCUGGUGAGGUGUUUGCGACGCGGCCAUGGCUGCUGUACGGUUUGCUGUCGUGAUGCUACUUCUCUUUGCCUGCUCGCUCAUCUUCAACGACCUGCAAUGUGCUCGAGGCCAAGAAGAGGACACUUAUACUACGCCUACGUUCCCUGGGUAUUGCUCCACAGCUGUUCCAAGGCUUCCCUGGGCAAGUUUACAAGAGGUGUGUACGCCGAAGCAAGGCCCGUUCACAUCUACCUGCUGCGAGUUCAUCAAGGGAAUGAAAGAUUACGAGGAAAUGAAGACCCGCUGCGGGCAACAGAUUGCAAUUUAUGGUAAGACGUUGGGAUAUGACGUCCGCCAGCUCGCCAGCGAUUGCAGUUUGUAGUUUCCCAGAAUGUCAACCGGGUGGUGGCACUGGGUGCUCUGUGGAACUGCUGCUCCCCACGAAUAGACUGGAGCACUGGUCCUGACUACAAGGGAGGGAUGCACCCAUCACAUUGCCUAGUAGUUCGGGCCCGUAAUUGGAAAAAAGAAAAAACGUGAUGACCGAGUUAGAGGUCAAGAGAUGGGGGAAGAUUGAGAGACAACUAGGGAAAAGAAAGACGGAGUGAAAGAGAACACAAAACAACAGCAGUUUGAGACGUUCUGCUCCGAGAGUUCGGGGCUGGGCUACGAUGUCUUCAGACUACGGAGAGUUCACAGGACGACUAUGGUCAUCAAGUCCUGCGUCUGCGUCUGCGUCAGAGAGAGAGAGAGAGAGAGAGAGAGAGAGAGAGAGAGAGAGAGAGAGAGAGAGAGAGAGAGAGAGAGGAUCACCCAGUUGCUGUGAGUUAAUGAGGGAAAGAGCAGGUUUUUGUGUGCAUGUUUACGUAGUUCCAGUCCGGAAUCAUCCCUCUCCAAUGAGCAGCCCCAGAGUCCUCGAGGAGUGGCUGCUAUAAAUUGAAAUGGGCAUGCAAACAAGAAGUUACGUGAAGUGUGUUUUGUUUGGAGUGGAAGGGGAAGACCCAGAGGGCCCCGGACCGUUAGCGAAUCGUUAUCGUUAUAAUUCCACUCACAAAUUACAGAGGACUUUUGUCGACGGACUGAAUGAGGAGUGUCACCGUGACGAGUGUGGGUAACAAAAAGUUUUAUUGCCA